AUGAGUUGCAGUCUGAGUGAGUUACUGCAGCAGGCACAACGCCUGGCCAAUGAGGCGAAGUUAAUUGUAACUCAUUCGCCUGUGGAGCGCACACUUUAUGAGGUUCUGCGGGAAACUGAAGAGAUGCAUUCGAGGCUCACAGGGAAAUUGACGCAGCCGGAGGAAAAUACGCGGCAGGCAAGGAUGAUGUUUGGCCAGAAGGGCAUCGAUCUGCAGUUGCUAAUGGAUAAAAUUGAAAAACUAGAUAUGGGCAGCUCCUUUAAGCCCAGCGAUGCGCACUGGGACCCGGAUGUAGCUGGCUUCCUAAAGACCAAGUUACAGAAUGUGAUACUUGAUGUAAUUGAGGAUACCAAUUCAAACAUCUUCCAGACGGUGGAGAAACGAAAGUGGCGAAGCCUCUUUUCGGAGUGGGAAAUGGAGAAGGGCAUGUUGAUCAAUUCAUUAUCCGAGUGCGAUGAGAAAACUACACCUCAAACUUCUCUUAAUUGCACAGAAAUGUUGUACGCGAAGGAGCUGAUAAGCUAUAAUAAACUCCAAAACAGGCGUGAGAAUCUUUUGAUUGUACUCACACAACUGGCCGAAAUGAAAAUAAAAAAUAGUGAAAUAACUGAGAUGUGGAGACUACUAAAACAUAUGGCGAAACAAACACCACUUUGCCUGAACAAGGAUGCUGUAAGGACACGUCAAGGGUCGCCACAGUUUUUAGGACAGUCUCGUCUCUAUCUGGAGCUUGCCUACAGAGAUCACAUGACCAAGGUCAUUCAGCAAAGCAGAAACGUGUCCAAAUGCGGUGGCAUUCCCAAUAUCUACAGCAAGGUCAAAUCAUUUGUUUCCAUUAAGUUCCAACAGACUCAAUCGUUGAGCGACCUCAGCGAUAUCGUCUUAGGUUGUCCCCUCUGGCCACUUGUCUUCUAUAGCCUCCGCUGUGGCGAUCCUGAAGCUGCUGUUCAAAACAGCACGAGCUCAAGGACGAUCCAGAUCUUUGCAUGCAAAAUUUGCAGCUUGUAA